AUGGGAGACGAAAAGGAAGGGGGUAAAUGGAAAGAGAGCGCCAAGGACCCGGAGGUGUGGUACAACAAGGUCGAGGACGGGGCGGCAUGGUUCAUGAGGAAAUGGCACAGACAGGAGGUGGAAGCGUCCGCGAAGCGCCAGCGCGCGAGGGAAGCUGAAGCAGAGAGUACGGUCUCAGGACCGAACAUAAAGUGAGCCGGGGAAGCGGUGGUAGGGGGGAAGAAUCGGUGACCGGGCACUGCUGUAGAAGCGAGUAGGGCGGCCGAGGCAGCACUUGUGGCGAACUAUGUAGUACCCGGCUGAUGCCGUUGCGCCCUGUUUCCCUCCCUGCUGUAUUCUUUUCUCCUUUAUGUAUGUCCUUUGUAUUGCCUUCGGCCUCUGUGCUGUGUUUCUGUGUUCUUUUGUUCAUGACCUCCCUGUCUACUCCGCUGUGUUGGGUACCGUGAUCUCGCCUUGCUGUUGCCUUUGUUUUUGUACGUCUGGCUGUCUGCCCAUCUGCCGCCUCGUUGUCCUGUUUGCUCCGUUACUCCCAUGCCCUGGUGCGUAGUGCCUGGUGCUGGUAGGUUACCCUUUGGUUUUUUCUUUGGGCGGGUGUGGGAAGCAUCCUCCUUUGUUUUGUUAUUGUUUUAUUUUGAUCGGUUUCCGAGGGCUCUUUUCUCGAACGGUCGGUGCGAUACCUGUUCUUUUCUUUCUAUCAUUUUGUU